CUGCAGCAAGUUGUCACUUCAGCCUAAAGGUUUUUGGAAGAAAUAAACUCUACAUGAAAACUGAAUGUAAUUAAGUCUUACAUUCAGGACCCUGAUGAGUGAUACAGAGGGAGAAGUAGAAGAUGGUGAAUUUCACAGAGAAUGUGACUGAGAAGUGCAAUAUUAAUCACGAAAUCCACGAGACAUUAUCCCCUGUGGUGUACAUAUUUGUAUUCAUAUUAGGCUUGCCAGCAAACUGCCUGUCCCUGUACUAUGGCUAUUUACAGAUCAAGGCUAAAAAUGAAUUAGGUGUCUACCUUUGCAAUUUGACUAUAGCAGACCUGCUGUACAUAUUUUCUUUGCCUUUUUGGCUUCAGUAUGCUUUACAGCAUGACAACUGGACCUACGAUGAGCUGCUGUGCAAGGUGUGUGGCAUCAUCCUGUACGAGAACAUCUACAUCAGCGUGGGCUUCCUGUGCUGCAUCUCCAUCGACCGCUACCUGGCCGUGGUGCACCCCUUCCGCUUCCAGCGCUUCCGCACCAUGAGGGCUGCUGCCAUCGUCAGCAGCGUCGUCUGGGCCAAAGAAAUCAUCACGUGCAGCUUUGUCUUCACACAUGGAGAGAUCAGCAUGGAUGCUGAGAGCCACCUGGUGUGCUUUGAGCAUUACCCCAUCAAGAAAUGGGAGCACACUGUCAAUUACUACCGCUUCUCUGCUGGCUUCCUUUUCCCUUUGUUUCUGCUGGCCUUCUCCUACUGUGGGAUUCUACGAGUUGUCCACAAGAGUCCUGGCACCCAAAAGAAGAAGAAAAUCCAAAUUAAAAGACUGGUAUCAAGCACUGUUUUCAUAUUUUUAGUCUGCUUUGGACCAUACCACAUCCUACUUGUAGUUCGUAGCUUGUUGGAGAACAGCUGCUCAUUUGCUGAGAAAAUAUUCAAUGUUUACCAUAUUUCUCUCCUGUUAACCACUUUUAACUGUGUUGCUGACCCAGUAUUGUACUGUUUUUCCAGUGAAAGCACUUACCAGAACUUCAUCAAGAUGAGAGACUCUUGCCUAACGUGUUUAGGCCAUCUGAGUACUGAGACGAAGGAAUCCUAUCCACUAAACACUACUGAAACUCCCAACAGAAAACAGCAUGAACAACAACCAGGGUUAUUACAAAUACCACUUGAUGAUGCUGGAAUGAAGGACUGCUUCACAACUAAUGCAGACAGCCUAUAG